AUGUCCUCGUUGCUAGGGUUGAGAGUGACGUGCAAGGCACACGGAUGUUAUGAGCAAAUGUUAGCUUCCUGGCUGUACUGUAAGGCUGGCCAGCGUUAGCGUGUGGAAUUGGAAGCCUUCGGCGUUAUCUCGCUCGACCAGCCCUGACUGCAUCCCUCUCUGCUGUGCGUGUGAUGUGGAUUGCUUGUUUAUCUCUCGUUCCCAACUGCUCCAAUGGCUGUUCGCUGGUUAUGCAGCCUGUUUGGGAAGCCCUUUGAUGGUGGGAAGAGGAUGGACAAUGGCAGCCAGCACCCCUCCAUGGCACGCCUGCAGGAGAUACAGACAGAGGUGGCUGUGCUGGGCCAGCAGGUGUGCGCCUUCAGCGGCCUGCAGAGCGACCGCGAGUACCGGCGGCUGGAGCGCGAGCUGACCCGGCUGCAGAUGGAGGUGGACCAGGUGGAGACGGAGGGCAAGGCCGAGCUGCAGCAGGCCCGCAAGCGCGCCGCCCAGGAGGCCGAGGGCCUGCUGCGCCACCUGGAGGAGAACGCCACGCACCCGUCGCGGCUGGCCAUCGAGGAGCUGAGCCAGGAGGCGCAGCGGCUGGUGGAGCAGGGCGUGGUGGAGCCGCAGCGCGCCGGCGCCGCCGAGAUCAGCGACGAGCUGGUGGACGCGCUGCAGGAGCUGGUGCUGCGGCUGACGCAGGUGAAGACGGGCGGGCGCGUGCCGCUGCGCAAGGCCCGCUACCGGGCGCUGACGCGCCUCUGCGCCGUGCAGGACAUCAUCGAGGGCCGCGCGCGGCAGCAGACGCUGCCGCUGCCGCUGUCGGAGGGCACGCAUGCCGCCGUGCAGCGCAUCAACCAGGUGAUGGUGCAGGUGAGCGGGGCGCGCAGCCAGCUGGUGGCGCUGCUCAUGGGCCUGAGCGGCCGGGACAGCUGCGCCCACCUCUCGCGCAUCCUCACCGAACUGCUGGUGGAGCUGGACGCCCUCGACGUCUCCGGCAACGCCUCCGUCAGGAACUACCGCAAGCGCGUGGUGGAGGACAUCAACGGCCUGCUGAAGCACCUGGACCUGGAGGGCGAGGGGGACGACACGCGCAGGUAUGACCUGGCCCAGAACGAUUCCAUCCGUCAGAUCGAGGCGGUACGGGGGCGCGUGGCCCAGCUGCAGGGAGAGGUGCUCCGCCAGGGCGGGGCGGGCGAGUUCACCUUCAGGCCCAAGGCCGAGCUGCAGAGCCUGCUCACCCACCUGGACCAGGUGGACACGGCCAAAAACCCCUGCAUCCGCGAGGCCCGCCGCCGCGCCGUGCUGGAGCUGCAGGCCGUCAUCACCUUCCUGGACCUGCGGGAGGCGCUGGAGAGGCGGCAGCCGGGCCCCGGCGAGCACCCAUCACACCAGGCCGUCUGGCAGGUCCUGGCCAGCCUGUCGGACCUGCAGGCCCAGGUGCUGGGCUUCGACGGCAAAAGGGCCGACAAGAGCUACAUGAUGCUGGAGGAGCUGCUGACCAAGCAGCUCCUGGCCCUGGACGCCGUGGACCCGCAGGGGGACCAGAUGACCAAGGUCGCCCGCAAACAGGCCGUCAAGUUCGCCCAGAACAUCCUCAGCUACCUGGACAUGAAGACUGACGAGUGGGAGUACUGAUCCCACAACCCCGCAGCCUCCUGCGUUCCUCUCCCUAACGCAGAGGGUGCUGCGUAUCACACACAGACACAAACUGGAAUAGGCUGUGAGUUUGGUGAUGAUUCGUGUAUAUAUAAAGGGCAUGGACUUAAGGGGAGUGUAAAUACUGACGAAAUGCUAGAAUGCACUGCAGUGGUGGUCUCUAUGUUUCCGUUUUUUGACUGUUGCCCCGUCUGAUCGCUGGGAAACCGAAUCCGGAUCUUUUUGCAACCGCGUUAUUAUUAUUAUUAAUAUUCCAUUGUGUGCUUGAAGUAUCCGCAGCAUCCCUGAGCGCUUGCUUGUGAUUUUGAAUUGUCCCCGUCGGCAUGGUGCUAGAAUGUGGUGUGGAGGCCUGCAGCCGGCGUGCUGAUUGGUCUGCCUUUGUGUUAGCCCGUGCGGCUGUCCGAUGCUCGUUAGGACAGGGAGGAGGGGUAGGAUUGGAGGAACUGCAUCUUAAUCUGAUGGCUUUCUGAUUCACACUGAGGCUCUACAUUUGCUUGUACUGCCACAGACUUUCAUCUUUAACAAUAUGGCCCAAAAUACCCUCUAGCAAAAUGGCAUACAUUUCCUGUGUACCCUGAGGUUUGCUUUCAGCGUGACCCUUACAGCUCAUGUUAAAUUCACUCUCUAUGAUUAAUAUUUAGUCAGCUUUAAUGCAAAAUCCCCUCCCACCCCAGCUGUCACUGGCUGCCAUUCAAAUGUUGCAAAGCUGCAAACCAAUGUUAUGUCUCACAUUAAAGUGGAAAGAAUGCAGUGAAUCCAGAGUGGAGCGUGAAGCUUUCCCCUCUGAAAUUAGGCCAAGGAUGGCCUCUCAGAAGCGUCAUCAAACAGGGAACAGCAGGUCUGAGAAUCCCCCCCCCACCCCCCGCGAGCAGCUCCGGGACCCGCCCGCACUCCUGCCUCAUCCUGUCCUGCCCGGAUCUGAAGAGCCCCUCUGCUCCUCACUCAGUUCCCUGUUUUAAUUGUGAGGGGAGGAGAAGAGCGUGUUGGCUCUGUGCGCCCCUCCCCAGGGGUGUCACGUCUGAAGCGGAGACGGUGAUCAAAGCGGACAGGGCUUUCUGGAUCUCCGCUCCCGCCCGGUCGCAGGGAGCUAUUUAUAAGAGGCCCAAAUGUCUGUGCCUUCCAUUUCCUUUGUGAUGCAUCCCCCCUGUCCCCCUCCCUUACAUUGGGGUGGGGGGGGCUUAAUGUGGGUCAGCGGGGAGAUGUGUAACCCGCCCAUCCACAGAGGCACCGAGGAGAGUCUCUGCUUUCCCUGCUAAAUUAUUCAUCUCAAGCACAAACUCGGAGCGGCGCUAGCCGGGUGACCCUGCGCACCUGCAGCUCCACCCCUCCCGGCCCCUCCCUCCCGAAGCCAGCCGAGCCGGAAGAGUCGCAGUGGAGGGAAGAGAAGGUCAGCCAGCACAAUACAGUGGGGUGGGCCCAGGCCGCGGGCUGAGAUUUGCACUUACAGCUUCAGUUUGAUUGUAUCCCCCCCGCCCCUCCCUUCUUUGUCUCGAGUAACCCACCUGCCCCCUGCCCAUCUGUCCAAAUCCGAUGGCCCCGGAGCGUGUCCCCUCUGCACGGUGCCAGCCUCUCGGAGGCCGGCGGCGCUGCCCUUUUUCCGCUGUGACAGAGAGAGUGGGAGCGCCCGGGCAGCAGAUUACACCGGACAGUCAUCACAUGGCACAUCUGCCCUGGAAACAACCGUCUGCAGCAGCAUAAUCCACUCUGCCAACUGCAGAGCCCGACUGCAGCGUGGCGUCUGCCAGUCAAUAGGCAUGGCCUGCACGCAGUGGCUACUGUGCAGUAUUCCCAAACAGUAUUAAACCGCUCUCUCAUCACACACGUCUGCUUUAUGAGUGUGCUCUUCAUUUAUGGAACGAAUUCCUGACGUCAAGCGAGUGUCAGAGAAACAAUGUAGAGGCAUUUCCUGGUUAGGAUGGUGUAGCUUUGAUCACCAAGAAGAACAGAUUUUUCCAUUACUAAUUAUCAGUAACUAAGUCAAAUCUUAUUUUUCUUUCUUCCAUUUUUUGGAAGGGUGUGUAUUCAAUGUCUGGAAAUGAAAACAUCCUUGUGGAGUAGGGGUGUCAGACUUGACUGGUGUACAAGCAAUGGUAUUCUAUUUUUAUUUCUAGAAGUAAUUGGUAAUCAGUAUGUCUCCUGCGGGGCUCUGCUCUUAAAAUCGGAUAUGUUGUGACAGCUACAACAUAUUAAAAGCCUUGAUAUGCAUACUUUCAUGAUGGCUCAAACCCAGUAAUGCAGAACCAAAGCACACAUAACCAGGUUUGCUUAUAAACCUGAAAAAUGUUUUUGAAUUACAUAACAGUAUGUAUAAUUAUUUUUCAGUAUCUUAACUUAAAGGGCACUUAUCAGCUAUCGGCUCACUUUUAUUCUUACAGAUCAAUUUCAAAUUCAUAUGACUAGAUGGCUUAAAUCACAGAGACGAGGCUGUAAUGUUAACCGUGCCUCAUUGGUUCUUGGAAAAGGAAUGGGACAUUCCCAGUUUUAGAAGGAUUUCAGACCUUGGGAUUGGAAAGGAUUGGGAAGGCUGUUACAUAAUGAGUUUAGACUCAAUCCCUGAAAGAGGAGGGCUACACAGUCACCAGUCACCUCAUAGGCACAGCAGAGAAGCAUCAGCUGAAACUCUGAAAUAGUGUCCUUUAAGUCUGUCACUUAGCACUACAAUGCAGCGUUUUCUAGUUCUCUUUAUAUCUCCAGCUUCUUAACGGAAGGCAAUGGUUGUAUGUACCUUAUCAAGUUUAAAAAAAAAAAGAAUUUGUUUGGUGAUUAAGGGGCCUGUUGGAGUGAGAGCCAGAAAUCGUGGAUCUGAAUGGAAGAACUCUGUCCUUAUACAUCUGCUGUAAUAUUCAGUGGAGUUGGAAAAUGUGUGUGCAGUCUCCCAUACAAGGUCUCGGACCGCAGGGUCCGUGAGAGCGGGAGAAGAGAACCAGACCAGGAUUGGGAAGGAAUGCCACACAUGAAGUAUCUGCUGUCAAAGAGAAAUGCUUCACACUUCAACUCCAGUGAAGCUUUAAGGCCCCACGCCCAGCUGAAACCUUCCAUCUCCUCCCUCAUAGGAAAGCAAGAAAACAUUAGAGCUAGAAUGUAGCAAUUAAGAAUGUCAUCAUCAUGCCUCCAAGUACCAAAGCUAUUUUUGCAUAAUUUUUUUUCCAUCAUUUUUAAAGAAAAAAAAAAUUUUUUUACAUUGUAAGGAGCCAGCUGUAUGGGUUUAUAAAAGAUGCCUGGUAGUGGUUAUUGCUUGGUGGCUGGAUAUCGGUUAGAUAUCUGUGGACAGUUUUUGGCCAGCACUACUUUUGCGUUUACAUACUGCUGUCCAUGGUGAGAUUUUUGUUAGAGUUGUAAAUAUUGCGAAAAAGACAAUAAUUCAUUUAACAAGGUAAUAAGAUAACAAGUGUCAUCUUUACAAAAAAAAAACAGGUGAUUGUGAUGGGCUUGUUGUGUUUGUAAGUCAAAAAGGAGAUGCUUGUACAAAAGCACACCCGGGUUUUAAUUGUGUGUGAAUGCUAAGAUAACCGGUUCGUUUCUUGUACGUUUGAUUUUCCAAUC